AUGUCUUCUGAUCUCAAAUUCAAAAUCCUGCCAGUCUCCAUACCCACAGACAUUCCAUCCAUACUCCGCAUAAACUAUUAUGUUACCGUCCAAGAUCCUCUUCACAAAGCAAAAACAUCCCUCGUCUCUGAAUCAGAAUAUAUCUCCUCAGGAAUUCCCGGCGCCGAAAAGCAAUUCACCGGUGAAAAUGCCUUUCGUAACAGAAUGGCAAAAAUGGUGCUCAAUAAUCCUAACAAAUCUGAUGAAGACAUGAUGAUAGUGUCAUAUAUCGUAUGGAAAACACCUUUACCAGCACAAUCCGCCAAAUCAGAGUCUGAAUUAGCCGCUGCAUUUGCACAAGAAAUUGCAGAACUACAGGUAUCAGAAGGAGUGGACAGAGAUCUUGUCGUUCGCCUCAAGACGCAAUAUAGAGCCUUGAAUAAAAAAUAUUUGGGUGAAGACUACGAAACCAGAUAUUGGGAGCUCGAUGCACUCGCAACACUUCCAACAUAUCAACGUAUGGGGCUUGGAUCGAGACUUGUGAAAUGGGGCCUUGAUAUGGUAGAAGCAUCUAUCAAGGCAAAACCUGGUGAGGUUGAUGGCGCAUAUUUGGUUGCUAGUCCAGCGGGAUCGAGUACUUAUCGAAAAGCGGGUUUUUCGGAGGUUGGAGAGCAAUUUGUGGAGGUGAAUGGACAGGAACCUUACAGGCAUUGUUGGUUUGUCAAACGAUUUGAAAGUAAUCAGCAAAAUUCCGGGAUGGAUACUUAG